AUUAAUCACUUAAAUCAUUUAUGAAUUUGCUAGAUACGUUUAUCUAAAGAGAUUUACAUUGCAUUCAGCAUAUACAUGCUGUAUCCCCUGGAAUCGAACCAUUUGUGCUUGUUUGAAGAAAAAAAAUGUUAGUCAGCAUAUGCAUGCCUAUCUGAUGUUUGGCGCGUGCGCUCUCAAAGCCGUUCUCAAACAGCCAUGUUGAGUCUGAGACAGAAAUGACUCAAUAUCCCACUGAAAUAAGGAUAAAUAUCUCCACGACGGGCUGAAUAUUAGCGCGUCACAACGGCUGUCAUCGAAAAGCCAUCCGGAGGCGCUUCCAUCUUCUAUGGCCCCUGUAGCCAGCUCUUUCUGCAAAACUGUUCUCAUCCGAUUUUUAAUACGCAGUACAGUAAACACAGAGCUGAACUGUGUGUCAUGUCAGGACCUGUGGUGAGUCGCGCCAGAGUCUACACUGAGGUCAACACACAACGGCCCAGAGAAUACUGGGAUUAUGAAUCGCAUGUUAUUGAGUGGGGCAAUCAAGAUGAUUUUCAACUGGUCCGCAAGUUAGGCAGAGGAAAGUACAGCGAAGUGUUUGAAGCCAUCAACAUUACAAGCAAUGAGAAAGUAGUGGUUAAAAUACUAAAGCCUGUGAAGAAGAAGAAGAUAAAGCGUGAAAUAAAGAUUCUCGAGAACCUUCGCGGAGGUCCAAAUAUCAUUACCCUCCUGGACAUCGUCAAAGACCCAGUGUCCAGAACACCUGCCUUAGUUUUUGAACAUGUGAACAACACAGACUUUAAGCAACUGUAUCAGACACUGACGGACUAUGACAUUCGCUUCUACAUGUAUGAGAUUCUGAAGGCUUUGGAUUUCUGUCACAGUAUGGGUAUUAUGCACAGAGAUGUCAAACCACACAACAUCAUGAUUGAUCAUGCGCACAGAAAGUUGCGUCUCAUUGACUGGGGACUGGCUGAAUUCUAUCACCCAGGACAGGAGUACAACAUCAGAGUCGCCUCUCGCUACUUUAAAGGACCAGAACUACUGAUAGAUUACCAGAUGUAUGACUACAGUCUUGAUAUGUGGAGUCUUGGUUGUAUGCUGGCCAGUAUGAUCUUUAGGAAGGAGCCAUUCUUCCAUGGACAUGAUAACUAUGACCAGUUGGUGAGAAUAGCUAAAGUUCUUGGAACAGAAGAUCUUUAUGAUUGCAUUGAUAAAUACAACAUUGAGCUGGAGCCUCGAUUUAAUGACAUUCUGGGAAGACAUUCCCGCAAGCGAUGGGAGCGGUUCGUUCACAGUGAAAACCAACACUUGGUCAGUCCUGAAGCUCUUGACUUUCUGGACAAGUUGUUGUGUUACGACCAUCAGACCAGACUGACUGCGAGAGAGGCCAUGGAGCACCCCUACUUCUUCCCUGUCGUGAAAGAUCAGACUCGCAUCGCAGGAUCAACUACUGUGCCAACAACUAACCCUGCAGUGAGCACUGCCACUAUGAUAACAGGAAUAGCUGCGCUUCCAGCCUCCACAGCUCUAGGGCCCCUGACGGGUUCCCCCAUUCUCAUGGCCCCCAGCAGCCUAAACACUCCAGUGCCUGCAGCCACGGGGGCCGCUCAGUGACCUGUCAGUCCUGUCACAUCAAACCUGCUGAGGAUCUCUGGGACUGUUGUUAGAUAGAGCUCCUCAGCACCACAACCCCUCAGUUUAUCUGAAACUGCAUGCACUUCAUCAUGAGAUGUUCACCUUCAUGCAUUUACCUCAGGCAGAAGUGUGCAGGAUGUGUUUGAGAGCUUAUUCACAGAAAGAGAAUCGUCCUGUGUGAUAUUACAUACAUUGUCCUGCCAUUAAACAGCUUAGCUGGACUAUUGAUGGACUAUUUCUUGGUAGCACAGUAUUUCUGUCAGCAGUCAAUGAGCAAAUCCUCUCUCAAGAGUGAAAUGAUACUGCCGUUAUACAGCUGUGGCCAUAGUUCGGAGUGUGUAUUGGUGCUGUUUACUGUAGCUCACAUCAGGUCACACCAAUCGCCUUGACUCAACACACAGCAGUGUCUUUAGCUCCUCUCACUGUGGAUGUCCCGUAUAAAUGGCAAUGCUGUGGCUUUUUUUUUUUUUUUUAUAAAUACAGCAAUCCAUAACUUCUGUAAUAUCCAUAAUCCAGUAAUAAAGAAUC